AUGGGUCUCUCACUUUCGCAACCUCACCUCUCACUACUCUUCCUCCUCCUGGGUCUCCUCUCUAUCCUCAAAACUAGGCUCAUUCACCACAACCCCAUUUCCCAACCCUCGCCGUUGGUCCUCAACCAUGUCAAUGUAAUCUCGCUUCUUUCCUCUUGUGGCAAAUAUCGCAACUUUCAAUUGGGUUCUUCCCUCCACGCCUCCAUCAUCAAGACCUUCGAACCCCAUAAUCGCAAUGCUGUUGUGAUAUGGAAUUCUCUUAUUUCCUUGUGCUUGAAAUGUGGGCAAGUGAGGGAUGCAGUUAAAGUGCUCAACGAAAUGCCUGUGAGAGAUACGGUGUCGUGGAAUACUGUGAUAUCUGGAUUGUUGAGGAAUGGGGAGUCUGAGAUUGGUUUCGGGUACUUCAAGAGAAUGUUGGAGUCGGGUUGUUGUCAAGUUGAUAAAGCUACUUUGACUUGCAUUAUAGCAGGUUUUGAUGGGGUGGAGUGUUGUUUCUUGAACAAGAUGAUGCAUGGUUUGGUGGUUCUUAAUGGGUUUGAGCGGGAAACUUCAGUGGGGAAUGCUUUGAUUACGUUGUAUUGUAAAUGUGGGUGCUUUGGCUCUGCGAGACGGCUUUUUGAUGAGCUGGUUGAGAGGAAUGUGAUUACAUGGACAGCGUUGAUUUCGGGCCUUGCACAUAAUGGUUUCUAUUCUGAGAGCUUGAAGUUGUUUGCGGAGAUGCGUGGUGGUGUGGUGGAACCCAAUGCUAUGACGUUUUUGGGCUCACUCAUGGCGUGUUCUGGAUUGCAGGCGAUAAAGGCCGGGCAUCAGAUGCAUGGACUUGUAUGGAAAUUAGGAAUGCAAUCAGAUUUGUGUUUUGAGAGCUCGUUGAUGUACAUGUAUUCGAAAUGUGGUAGUGUUGAAGGUGCAUGGAGAAUUUUUGAGUCCACUGAAGAACUUGAUGAGGUUUCUGUAACUGUUAUCCUUGUGGGUUUGCAGACUGGGCUUGAGACUGAAGCUAUCCAGAUUUUUGUGAAAAUGAUGAAGGCAGGGAUUGAUAUCGACCCAAACAUGGUUUCAGCAGUGCUUGGAGUUUGUGUUGAUACUUCUUUAGGUGUGGGAAAGCAACUCCACUCUUUAAUUGUCAAGAAGAAUUUUGGUUAUAAUUCUUUCGUUGUGAAUGGGCUUAUAAAUAUGUACUCCAAGUGUGGGGAGCUGGAAGAGUCGGCAAAGGUCUUCACUCAAAUGCCUCAAAGGAAUUCAAUGAUUGCAGCAUUUGCCCGUCAUGGAGAUGGCUCCAAAGCAUUGCAAUUGUACGAAAAUAUGAAAAUGAAAGGAGUACAACCAACAGAUGUCACAUUUCUGUCCCUACUUCAUGCUUGUAGCCAUGCUGGCUUGAUCGAGAGGGGCAUGAAAUUUCUGACUUGUAUGAAAUAAGACGAUGGGAUGAGUCCAAGGGAAGAACACUAUGCUUGUGUUGUUGACAUGUUAGGUCGGGCAGGACUUCUAACUGAGGCUAAAAAAUUUAUUGAAGGACUAUCUGAAAAUCCUGGUUUACUUGUUUGGCAAACAUAUGGUGCUUGUAGUAUUCAUGGUGAUUCUGAUAUUGGUAAAUAUGCUGCAGAUCAGUUGUUUUUGGCAGCGCCACAGAGUCCCGCACCAUAUGUUUUGCUUGCCAAUAUAUAUUCGUCUGAAGGCAGGUGGAAAGAGAGAGCAAAGGCUAUUAAGGGGAUGAAAGAGAUGGGGGUGGCAAAAGAAGCGGGUAUUAGUUGGAUUGAAAUUGAAAAGAUUCAGAGCUUUGUUGUUGGUGAUAAAAUGCAUCCACAAGCAGAGAUCAUUAAUAGGGUUUUGGCAGGUUUGUUUAGACUUAUGAAAGAUGAAGGAUAUGUUCCGGAUGAGAGCUUUAUACUCUCUCACUUCGAUCAAGAUGAAAAGAGAUGAGGGCCAAUCCUUCAAAUCUGAAUCUGCCAAAUUCAAGUACAUUGUAUCUCGAGAGACACUAAGGCAGGAUUAAGAUUCCAGUGAUUGCCAGAGUCUGCUCAGGUUCAAGGAGGAGAUAGCAAGUGAUCCCAGAGGUCAUCUUCAAACUUGGAAUGAAGCCAAUCCCUUCUGCAACUGGAC